AUGAUAUAAUAGAAUAAAUAUUACAAUAGAUUAGAAGAAUUUAUAAACUCUUCACUUUUAUCUCAUUAGGUUCUGCUUAUUAAUCUCUACGACAAAUAAAUUGGUGAUGAAGGUGUAUCAGGUUUAUGCUCUGCUUUAGCAAAUUGCAUUAAUCUCUCAAAUUUGAAACUUUAGCUUGAUUACAAUUAAAUUGGUGCAAUUGGUGCAUUAAGCUUAGGCUCUGCUUUAGCAAAUUGCAUUAAUUUCUCAAAUUUGACACUUGAUCUUCGUAUGAAUGAAAUUGGAGAUGAAGGUGUAUUAGGCUUAGGUUCUGCUUUAGCAAAUUGCAUUAAUCUCUCAAAUUUGACAUUUGAUCUUCGUUACAAUUAAAUUGGUUCAAAAGGUGCAUCAGGCUUAUGUUCUGCUUUAGCAAAUUGCAUUAAUCUCUCAAAUUUGACACUUGAUCUUCGUUACAAUUAAAUUGGUGAUGAAGGUGUAUAAGGCUUAGGUUCUGCUUUAGCAAAUUGCAUUAAUCUCUCAAAUUUGACACUUUACCUUAGUGAUAAUUAAAUUGGUGCAAUGGGUGCAUCAGACUUAGGUUCUGCUUUAGCAAACUGUAUUAAUCUCUUAAAUUUGAUACUUGACCUUAUUUCCAAUCAAAUUGGUGCAAUGGGUGCAUCAAGAUUAGGUUCUGCUUUAGCGAAUUGCAUUAGUCUCUCAAAUUUGACACUUUACCUUAGGUAAAAACAGUUUAUUUAUUAUGGAUUGUGA